AUGGACUACAUCCCUAUGCCGUACAUUGAAGAGACCUCAGCUGCGGGAAGGAAAACAUGGGACAUCUUCUCGAAGCUCUUGCAGGAACGGAUCGUUUGUCUCAACGGCGAAAUUAACGAUUACAUGUCCGCAUCAAUUGUCGCGCAGCUCCUAUGGCUCGAGUCCGAUACGCCCGAGAAGCCCAUUACGAUGUAUAUAAACUCACCAGGAGGCUCGGUGACGUCAGGAAUGGCCAUCUACGAUACCAUGACAUACAUCAAAUCGCCCGUGUCGACGGUCUGCGUCGGCGGCGCCGCGUCCAUGGCAGCAAUUCUACUGGCUGGCGGAGAGGCGGGCAAGCGAUUCGCAUUACCACACAGCUCAAUCAUGAUUCACCAACCACUCGGAGGAACUCGCGGGCAAGCAUCAGAUAUUUUGAUCUACGCGAAUCAAAUACAACGCAUUCGAGAGCAGUCUAACAAGAUUAUGCAAUAUCACUUGAAUAAGGCCAAGGGCGGCGACAAGUACACGUUGGAGGAGAUCAAUGAUAUGAUGGAGAGGGAUAAAUAUCUUAGCGUUGAAGAGGCCCUGGAAUUGGGAGUUAUAGACGAGAUCUUGACCAAGAGAACGGACAAGAAAGUUGAAGGAGAAGAAACAAAAAAGGACGCCUAA